GACAGCAAGACACAAUGUCUCAGCUGCGAACGAUCAAUAGCGGCGUCUCGGAUCGCAGAACGCGAGAAGAGGGGAUCAAACAAAAUGAUCGCCCGCAGGUUGUCAGAAAGAUAGCAUCUUCAGGAUCAUCCUCGAAUAGCUCCUCCUCUACGACCUCAUCUAGCUCAAGUAUAGAAGACAGCAUCAAGGCUACGAAGGAUGCAGUAAACAUACAAGCCAGAAGCAACGUAGAAGUCUCGCGCAGCAUGGACCGAGGAAGUAGUAGCACACAUCAUCGC